UACAUGGUACGAACCGGUUGCGCCUCAGUUGUCAGGAGUAAUUUCUCAUAUCUGGAGGCAUGAUUAUAUUUUAUCGUUCAGGAUAUAUGGAUUUUAAGUUGGCGUAGACUGUAUGUUUGGCAAUCGUUUGGAAAUAUGGAAGGACUUGACUCAAUUCGGUUUGGAUUCAGAGUGCUGCUGUUGAUUAUUGGAGUGCUGAGGCUACCACCAACUGCACAUUGCCAGGUAGUACCAGAACUGUAUGGCUGUCCGGACGACAUCAUAACGGGCACAGAGCAAGGCACGACGUACGCAAUAGUUUCGUGGUAUCCCCCAAUUGCACAGGGUGGGACGAGUACAACGACCGUCACUCAAGUCACAAACUACACGCCCGGAGAUGCCUUCAACAUCGGGGAUACAACGGUGGUGUACACGCUGAACGACAUCACGCUGCAAGUGACGAUAAAUUGUUCAUUUGUCAUUGAAGUAAAAGACCUCGAGCUACCAGUAUUCACAAAUUGUCCAACGGAUUUUACAAGAUCUAAAGUUUCGCCAGAUCCUGAGCUCGGCGUAUUAGUCACAUGGAUUGAACCAAUAGCUACAGACAAUGCAGGUCAGGUGACUAUCACAUCCAAUUACAGACCAGAUCAGCCAUUCAAAGACGGCAUUUGGCGAGUACAAUACAGUGCAACCGACUUUUCUGGAAACAUCGGAUCCUGUGUUUUUGAUAUCACUGUUUAUGUCGGCCUCUUACAGGAAUGCCCUGAAAGCAUAAAUCAAGAUACAGAUAUUGGAAAGAGCUAUGCAACAGUGACUUGGACAGAACCGCUCAUUCGUAACUUUGACCCAUUGGUGGAUGUACUCGAUCAGAACUAUGAGUCUGGAGACAUGUUUCCUGUGGGAACCUGGGUCAUUCUGUAUCAACUACGGGAUGUUAAUUCUCAGCUGGAAGAGACCUGUUCUUUUGUUGUUAGAGUUGAAGAUAACGAAAGACCUGUAUUCCUCAGCUGCCCAUCGAACAUUGCUGCAGAACUGUCUUCAUCGAUGGAACCCACAGUAGUCGUCACUUGGCAACCUCCAGAAGUGACAGACAAUUCAGGAUCCUUCAGUCUUGCAUCUUACUCUAACUCUGGUGAUUCUUUUAGAAUUGGUGACACAGUUGUGCGUUAUACUGCCUCGGAUUCCUAUGGCAAUGAGGCAAUCUGUGAAUUCAAUGUGAAAGUAACAGAUGUGAGGGAUGUUGAAUUUACCAUGUGCCCAGAUGACAUCAUCAAAACUUUGCUGAUUGGCCAAUCAAGAAUAUUCAUUGCAUGGCAGGAGCCAAUCAUCUCAUUGGAAGACCGUGACAUCACAGUAACAGCCAGUCAUCAACCAGGAGAUGCAUUUGAAACUGGUCGGACAUCAGUCAGCUACACAGCUGUAGAUUCAUUGGGAAAUGUAGGAUUCUGCAAUUUCAGCAUCAUUGUCACAGGAUUCCCUUUCAAUCAGUUCACACGGACAGAGGGAUUUUUCCUCCCCGGUCAAGAUGAUCUUAUUUUGUUGCUGGAUGUGGAGCAAUGCCUCCGAGCCUGUAUUAUGGAGACAACGUUUGUAUGUCGCUCUGUUGACAUCGAUGACCAGGGAAAAUGUCGUCUCAGUCAGUCAGUCGACGAUGACUUCUUGGCCGUGCUUGCCAGUAAUGCUGCCUUCACUUACUAUAAGAGGUUAAUGGGUAACUCUAUUGCAUUAGUGGGAUGUCCGAAUGAUAUCAACCGACCAGCCGAUACAGGGAAAGCCUCUGCAACUAUAAGUUGGCUUGAACCUACCGUUGAAUCCGCACAGGGCAUGUCAUCUCUCACAGUCACCCACCCAUCUGGCUCUCAGUUCACCUUGGGGAAGACAAGAGUGGUGUAUACAGCCACAGACAACAUGGGCUUUACUGCAACAUGUAGUUUCUUAAUUACUAUUGAAGACAAUGAGAGUCCGCUAAUAAGGUAUUGCCCAGAGUCUAGUAUCCAUCUCACCCAAGAGAAAGAAGAUGUAAGAGUAUCUUGGAUUGAACCAACUGCAACGGACAACUCGGGAUCUGUCCAACUUCGGAGCAAUUACAAGCCUGGAGACUGGUUCUCGCUCGGCUCCACCAAAGUCACAUACGUUGCUCAGGAUGAAGCAGGGCACCAAGCUGAAUGUUCAUUUGAAAUAGUAGUACAAGAAAUCCCAGACUCCCACUAUCUAUCUAUUAUACUGGUUCUACUCAAUUUUGCCUACACGGAUGCUCUGCAAGAUAACACCUCCAAACAGUUUCAGGCAUUGUCAUCAGCGAUUGUAAACGAUCUGGUGAGGGUGUUUGCUGAUGAUGACACAAUGCUUGGUAGUCACAUAGACAAGUUUGGGGCAGAGGAAGGUGGCGUAGUUGCCUACACUGGUAUUGGAUUCUCAAUUAUUUUGAGCCUCGAGGACCAACAUAACCGACUUGAUACGGUUUUAAACGCCAUACAAAGUGGUGAACUUACCAACGUGGCAGAGGCGCAAUUGGAAAAUGAGGAUGGAUCUAAAGAAGUUUUAGAUGAAUGUGUGACGUUACCGUGUCCGAAAGAUAUGACGUGUAAAGCUGAAGGGAGGAGGUGCACUGCAACCUGUCAAGAUAAUACUGGCUAUUGUCUCAACGAUGGUGUAUGUGGGAUAGACGCUCAAAACCUUGUCAUUUGCUACUGUAGGAGCCCAAACAUUUACGGCACAAGAUGUCAGAUGACUGUGUCCCUCACAGGGAAGCAGCUUGUGUUUGUCAUCCUAGGUAUCAUCUGGGUGUUCAUGCUGAUCUUUGCCAUCACUGCAUAUAUCAUUGCACUCAUCCGCAGGAAACAUACUAAACAAAUGAUGGAACUUAAAUCUGCUACCAAUGGGAAAAAUCAAGCUGUUAAUCUAAGCAUCGUCACUAAAAAUAAUAAUAGAAAUGAGACUGAUGACAGCUUUUCCGGCCAGAAAAAAGAGGGGGAAAGUUCAGAUUCUGAAUUUGAUAUAACAAGUAAUACAGAGCAACCGAGGAACUGGAAUGAUACAAAUCACUCCUCCAUUUAUGUGGACCAGAGGCUUUAUUCUAAUAAUACAUCUACCACCCCCGACAGUGGGACAGUUAUUGCUAGUUUCCAGGGUACAGAUCAUUCUACCGAACUGCAGAUACACGACAGUAAUCUUACAGGCACGAGUACACAGUUGAACUUGGAAAGCACUGCUCUGGCCGAUGAUGCAAUUCCUCCGGAUUUGACAUCCUCCUAUGAUGGCACGAUAAGCAAUCCUGUCUUUGAAUGUGACGAGUACAAUGAAAGCGCAUCAAAUGAAGUAAGGAUUGCGGCUGAUGGUGGCGGGACUCAAACGCCGCUUGGAGCGAAACCACCAAGCUUAGUUAGCAGAUCAUCACAUUUUGCUUCAACUAACUUUGGGGAGGAGGGAAAUUUUAUCAUGCUGGACGAUGAAGAUGAGUCGCUUAUUAUUUGAAAAUAUUCAUAGAAGUGCACGCAAAACUACAUGGCUUAUUUUAUGCUGAAAUGUAAAUCCUUCUAUUAGUAUUGAUGAAUACCUUGAUGGUCUCAGUAUUUACAUUUAUUGAUCAACAUAAGUCUUUAUUGAGAAAAAUGACAGUCAACUUGUAUUCUGUAUUGAUUACUCUUCUUAAACAAAUAUUUGACAACAUAAAAUCAGCUUAGGAUGGUGGGUAUUUUACAAUUUUUAACUUUACAUUGUAAAAGAAAAAUUGAUAACCCUGGGAAAACUAUAUACAUUUUUCUGUUAAUUGAGAGUUCCCCUCUUCUGCAUUUGGGGGCGAGGGUAUUACUGUUGGAAAGCAGGCAGUGAGAAAUAGCUUAAAGUCUUUAGCUCUAUAGAAAUGGUAAUCGUGAUAGUAUUACUGAAGCCUAAAUAUUUGUAGAACCUGUCUGUACCCAGUUUUGGGGUGUGAGUUCACUCACAGGUCAUCAGGGACUGUAGGUAAAAAAUGGGCUCAGCCAAGCCCAUUGAAUCGUGUAUUUAAAAAAAACCAUUCCAACAUGUAAAAUUUUGUUUUUGCAAAUCAGUGGUGAACCAAUGUGGCAAGUGCCAGAAAGCUUCAUUACAUAGGUGUGUGUGUCCAAGGAACUUCUUUUCAUUUGGUCGACAAUAUUGGAAAAAGAAUUUUGUCCCCUAAACAAAUUUGUUUACCUGUAACCGUUCUUGCUUACGUCCCGCCAUACAUUUGUUCAAAUGGUGUCCUUGACUUGAGGUUUGAUGAAAGUUUCAGUUUUGAACUGAGGACCUCUCUGGGGACUCUUCUUGUUGAGCUGAUCAUCAGUUCAAAACUAUUGAAGUUCCAUUCGGAGAUUGCGUUAAUUAAUUGUGAUUGUAUGACAAUUAUCCGAGAUAAAUUGUAUUAUUAACCAAGUACUGAGUUUAAACUAAAAUUUUAAAAGAAAUGUUUUUAUAGGAAAACUGCUGUUUGAACUGCUGGCUUUUCCUUUACAAAGGAUUGUAUAAAGUUAUGUACUUUAGUUGUGAUUAUCAGGCUAACUAUCUGAGGUGCAUUUUGUAAUUCAACUAGAAAAGCUUGAAUUAUUCAGACCAUUGUCCUGAAAAAUGAAAUGGUAUUCAGCCUUGCUUGUAAGUCAGCAACAGCAAUACUUAUGUAAAGCAUUUCAUGUGGAUAAAUAUAAUGUUAUUCUAAAACAUGGGACGAAACUUGCUUUCUGUUACAAGGCAGGCCUUUAAUUACUCUGAAGAAUGGCCUCUGUUGUCCUGGUCUUAGCCUCGGUGCCCCUUAAAAAAAUGUCCAACAGACUUGAGACUUUAAGAUUUUCCAAUGGAUGUGUCCUUUGCCUUUCCUUUUCUCUAAAAAAGGAAUUCCAGACCUUGAAAGGGCAAGCUAACGAAAGUAACAUUCAGGGGCCAUUCAGUAUUGUCAAUGUUUAAAUAUUAAAUAUUUUUAGAUGACGGAGGAAAACUCCACUGACGUUGUACUCGAUAAUGUUGCAAGCACUACCCAUGCCUAUUAAUGAUGAAAUAAUUAUAAAAUGUGACCAACCGUCGUUUCAAAACGUAUACGAAAUUAGAUAGACUAUCUAGUGUUGUUUCUAUUGAGAAAUCCAUUUCAUUGACACUGUCACAUAACCAAUUGGGGAAAUAGUUUAAGUCAGAGAAUAGACUCUAAAGUGUAGAUUCGUGAUUACAAUGUACUCGCCUUCGGCUUGUACAUUCUAUUCACGAAUCUACACUUUCUCGUCCAUUCUCCUUAACUUCACGAAACACUUAUUGAACCCAUUCUGGGAAUUAUCCCGAGUUUAGAGGAUGAGCAGGAAUACAGUUUACUUUAAAAUCACACCGAAAGCAAUGGUUAAAUGGUUUAAAACUGUUGCAUUGAUAAUGAUUUUGCAUGACUAAGUAUUCAGUUAUUCACCAUAUUCUCAAAAACAUAAGCACAUAAAGCAAUGUUCACAAAGUUAAUGUAUCAUGCACACUCAGUAAGUUAUGCAACAUCACAGAUUAAAAUCAACAUUUAUAUCUCUAGUAUUUUGUACCCUUUUUGUACCAUUACAUGUACUACUUAUAUUUAUUAUCAAAAUAUCCACCACAAAUAAUCAACUUUUGCUCAACUUAAGCGUAACAUUCUAUUAUUUAAUCACGUUAUUCAUUUAUACCUUUUAAAUUUGUUUAUCCAAGUAAAAUGAAAUUUGUGUAUUUUUUGAAUGAAAUAUUAUCCAAACCUCAACAUUUAAUACUGAACCUCAAUUACUUGCCCAUAACAAACAGGGGUCAGAGAGUCAUUUCUUACAAAAAGGUCUGAAACUAGAACAUUUAGGAGAUAUGCUGAAAUAAUACUCUUUGUCCACCUUUUGAUAACCCUGAAAUAUUUGAGAACAGUGCUUGAAAUUAAAUCAAAGGGCAGAUUUAUUUAUUAAAUCUGAGGAAAAUAAAAGCAAUUUCUUUUCAGCUGGCAAUAAAAUAAGAACUUUGAAAUCUGA